GUCAGCACCAUCGCAAUCUUCUCUUGUGUGCGGAACAUUCUCAUCAAAUAUUUCACCUGGUCAUCACCAGCUUCUCUUUUUUUUCUUCUUCUUCUCCUUCUCAUGUCAUUUUGUUCCACUGCUGGAACCUGACCACCACUCUACCUCUCGCCAGAUUGAGACGACGACCAGCAUCGCCACCAACCGUUGGCCCACGAUGCUCUCCCAUAUCGCUCCCACGCUCCUGAGACGUGCCGUCAACCUGGCCGUCGAAACUGCCUCUGACUCUCCUUCCGAACCCCAUUCAUCGCCUCCCCAGCUCCCCUGGUGGGGCUGGCUCAUCUUCUUGGGCGACUUCAUCGUCCUUCUCCCCUUCUUGAUCCUGACCAGCUACACUCUCCAGAAGGUCCUCCCCGUCUUCGCAAUCAUCGAGGAUGAGAACCCCCCUGCCUACGAGCCCGUAGCCCUCGAUUUCGAAGCCUCCCGCUCCGUACCCGGAGUCCCCGUGCCCGCCGGUGUCACCAACCCGGUCAACAAGACCGCCUCCGCCGCCAUCCCCACUGCCCCCGUCGCCCACGAUGCUCGUCCCAUCACCUCGUCUUUCCGUGCGACCUGGCGCUUGUUGAAGUCCCAAGGUGGUUUCCGUGCCAUCUUCCGCGGCUUCGGCUGCUACGUCUUCCAGGGCUUCGUCAACGUUGUCCUAACUGGCUUCUUGACUCCUAUCCUCGGCUACUACCUGAGCCCAAUUGCCUCCCUUCCCGCUUCCCUCCUUUUGGUUCAGUAUAGCACCGCCUGGGUCCACAUUGUCAUUACUCCUCGCUCUCCCAUCAACUUCUGGAGACGCCUCCCCGCCUUCCGAUCCACAUUCGAGGCCACCUGGCGCCCCGUCGCGCUCUUCUGGUUCUCUAACGCGCUGGCCAGCUGGGCUCCUUUCCUCUUCUCCUUGAUCCUGAACUUCAAGUUCCCCGACUACAGGAACAGCCCGUCCGUCGGGUUUCCUGAGAAGAGCGACAGCUGGAAGAUCGUUGUAGCCAGCCUGGCCUCCAUUGGUGUGCAGCUCUUCAUGGUUGUCCCGGCCUAUGUCACCCUCGUCCGCGUCCAAGCGUCCCUCCUCCCCGACACUCUCGAGACCAUCAUUCCCUUUGACCGCACUUUCCAGGGCAAGGUCGAGCCCGCCGUUGUCAGUGGCAAGGGUUAUGUCUCCCUCGCCGAUGCGUGGUCCACCUUCAGCAAGGCCGCUUGGCGCCGCCUAGUCAUUCUCUACGUCAAGAUCAUGGCCAUCUCCAUGGCCACCACUUUCUUGAUCUUCGCCGUUGUGGGUACUCAGUGGUCCAUCCUGGCUAUCAAGACUGGCAACUCCGACAAGCAGUAGUGUCGCAAGCCCCUGCCACCUGGUGUCGUCCAGACAUCACUCAGAAUCGCAUCUGCUCCCCAUCUGUUGACUCAGGUUUCGAAUAAGCAUGUUUCAUGUUAAGCCGGGUCGCCGAAUUUUGGACACGACCCUACUCACUAUCUCUUGGAAUGGCGCAUUACAACGGGUUAUUAUUACAAUAUCGCCUCUGCUUUCUUUAUGUUGGAUCGGUUCAGUUGCAUGCCUCAGUUAUAUGUCAAAGAGUCUUCUAAGAUAGUUCUACUCCUCCCGUACCAAAUAACAACGAUUUCUUGAAACUCAAUUCAUU